AUGGCCAAUGUAGAUGGCAAUGUAGAUGGCAAUGUGGUUGGGUAUGGUAGACCUCCAUAUCAAUUAUCAAGAUCCGAAAUUGUUGAACGAAUAAUUGCUGAAACGAUCGAUGAUGCAACUCUUGUAAAAAUAAAAAAACAUACUACUCUUCCUUUACCUGAACUUAUCACUCCAAGUGUAAAUGUUCGAACGGUUAAAAAUCCAAGACCUCAAAACAGUUUUGUAAUUUAUCGAAGAAAUGUUCAAGCGGAAAUAGCCAAAGAAAAAGGUGCUACUGCUGCCGGUAGAUUGGAUUACGUUUCUAAAUUCGCUGCUAAUAAAUGGAAACAUGAAUCUCAAGAAGUUAAGGAACUUUACGGUUUUCUCGCUAUAUGCGCAAAGAAAGUUCAUGAUUUCAUGUAUCCUGGCUAUGUUUAUCAACCUAAAAGACAAGCCACCACAAACGAACCCAUGAUAAUGGUACAUGAACCCGGUAUAAAUGGUUGUAAAUUAAGGCAACCCGUCCCAACUCCUCCUGAAACUCCUUUAUCAUCUCCUCCAACAAGAAUGUCAAGACAAUAUAAUUCUCCUCCAUUAUAUCAACAUCAACAACCUUUACCUCCUCCUCCUCCAUUUUUACCUUCAGUUGAUCAUCAUACUCCUUCAUUCGUUCAAGAGCCAAUGCUUGUAAGUUACUGUUGCUAUUGA